CGACGGCCUUGAAGCGGACGAUGCGGAUGACGUCAAUGGGUCGGUGCUGCCACCUGGCCCAUAUCGAUUGCAUCGCAUCGCUCCUCGCCAUCUCCGACUGGGAAGGACAAGGGGCACGGGCAGUGCGUGCUGGGCUUCCUUACGUGACUCGUCGGCUUCGUCUUGCGUCCCCCCCCAACUGCCGUUUCUGUCUCUCUCUCUCUCUCUUUCUUUCCAUUCUUCCCCUUUUCCCACUUCCGUCGACAUGGGCAAGGAGAAGCCGAAGGAAACGGUCGUGGCUCGUCCUGAUGAAUUCUACAGGAAGCCCCCCGAGUACGGGAGAUUGGAGGGAUUUCUCAAGUUCCUCUACAAUCCCGACGACAAGUCCUUCCUUGGCCGGACGUGCGAAAGCUGGGCCAAGAUCUUCAUUUUCUACGUGAUCUUCUACGCGUGCCUGACGGCAUUCUGGUCUCUUAUGCUGUACAUCGUGCUCCAGACCCUCCCCGAAAAUAGCCCGACCUUCCUCACUGCCAGCAGCAUCAUUGGCGACAACCCUGGCUUGGGUUUCCGACCCCGCCCCCCAGACGAGCAGGUUGACAGCACUCUUGUCAUGUUCUCCAAGGGCAGGGAGGAAGGAUAUACCUACUGGGUCAGUGCCAUGGAUGAAUACCUGAAAGCAUAUGAUGUCGGAGAUGGUCACGAUGAAAACUCUGUGAACUGCAGCUUUAAUAACCCUCCAAAAGAAGGAAAAGUUUGCCGAUUCCCUCUUUCUGAGCUUGGCAGUGAAUGCACCAAGGAGGAAAAGUAUGGGUAUUCUAUUGGAAAACCCUGUAUCGUCAUCAAGCUUAACAAGAUCUUCGGCUGGAAGCCAGAGCCUUACACCAGUCUGGACCAGCUGCAGUCAGAUAUGCCAGAGGCCCUGAAGGAAGUGAUCAAGGCAGAUGCUGAAAAGAACAAUGGGACACUGACUCCAAUGGUGUGGAUGAGCUGCCAUGGAGAGAAUCCAGCUGACAAGGAGAAUAUUGGCCCCAUUCAUUAUUACCCUCAUCAGGGCUUCCCUGCGUAUUACUUUCCUUACAUGAACCAGGCUGGAUACCAUACUCCACUUGUUGCUCUCAUCUUCCAACAGCCCAACAGUGGAGUCCUGAUCAACAUUGAGUGCCAGGCAUGGGACCAGAAGAUAGUUCACGCCCGUCAGGAACGCAUAGGCUCCGUCCACUUUGAGCUCCUUGUCGAUCAGAAGAUCUUCGGCUGGAAGCCAGAGCCUUACACCAGUCUGGACCAGCUGCAGUCAGAUAUGCCAGAGGCCCUGAAGGAAGUGAUCAAGGCAGAUGCUGAAAAGAACAAUGGGACACUGAAUCCAAUGGUGUGGAUGAGCUGCCAUGGAGAGAAUCCAGCUGAUAAGGAGAAUAUUGGCCCCAUUCAUUAUUACCCUCAUCAGGGCUUCCCUGCAUAUUACUUUCCUUACAUGAACCAGGCUGGAUACCACACUCCACUUGUUGCUCUCAUCUUCCAACAGCCCAACAGUGGAGUCCUGAUCAACAUUGAGUGCCAGGCAUGGGACCAGAAGAUAGUUCAUGCCCGUCAGGAACGCAUAGGCUCCGUCCACUUUGAGCUCCUUGUCGAUCAGAAGGUCCCAAAGUUUUAGCAUCUCAUUUUCUCAUGCAUAGACCUAUAGUCCAUGUUGCAAGUUCUAGGUUGUGUCCCUGGAUCUGGAUCCCCCUUGAGAAACAUUUCUGUCAAACCAUUCUCUCUGUGCAUUCACUGGCAUUUAUCAUGUAUUGGUGCUUUUUUGUUUUCUCUUGCUAUUAUUCUCAGAGUCCUUUGGUAUUUCCCUUUUUUUCCCACUACCAUUGUUCACAUUGUGGCCAACUGGGAAUUGAACACCAGUUCAACUCUUAAGACCCAAGAAAUAGUUAUUAGCAAAACAAAUUCCUACCCUUUAAUAUGCUGGUUUGACUUGGAAUUGACCAAGAGUGAAUAUGUUUUUAAACAUCGAGUUGAACAAAUUUCACGUGUCUUUUGGCUGGCUCGUAUAACUUUACCCGGAUUUCGACAAACGGCCCGAGUGAAGGUAUGAGAGCCAGUUCUCGCAUCCGAAAGCGCUGAGCUGUAUCAUGCAUUCAAAAUGGUGCUUUCGAGCCAUGUUUUUUGUGUGAAUGUACACCUGCAUAGUAUACCCAGGAGGAUUAUCCCCUCUUUUACACAAGUAUUUGAGAUGUCAUGAUGUGGGGAUGGGAUUCGAUGCCAGGGGGUGUCCGUGUUACGUUUUGUCGUGCAUGUACGUGAAUGUUUUUAUGCAGAAUUCUUCCACCCUCUUCCUCAUGUAGAAGCUGUGCACCGUAGCGAGUCGAUCCCCCCUUGGGGUGCAUGCACGGUCUGUCUCCACGUGGCUGUGAUGGCCCCCCCCCCCUCAAAUGCCUCGAGCUUUUCGAACAAAGGAUUGUGUUUGCAGAAUUCCUCUCCCCUCCCCAUGUAAAGAGAUGCUGAUUGAUGAUGUUGAGGAAGGUUGAGUACCUCCCCAUGCCUGAGCUGGGUUGCUCAGUCUCUCCUGUACAGUGUUCUGCCCUCUUUCCCAUUCUUUCUUUUAUUUCUCCCUCCUUGUGUGAAUCCCAGCGGGGUCCAUUGGAUUUCCCUACGUCUGGAUGGCACGUUUGUUCCUCUCUACCUUCCAAGAGUCCUCUUUCCUUGCUCGGAAAUGCCGUCGGGAAAGGAUGGGAAUCGUGAAGGGUAUUUAACCGAGUUCUCCCUCAGGUCUAGCACCUAAACUCUUUUGAUAAACUAAUGUUUUGGUAAUAUUGCACGGUCGCAUGUAGAUAUGUACCAUGCAAGAAAUCUUGCACUUUUUUUCUCGUUUUCACUCCUGUAAAGUUUUUAUGAAAUGUGUGGGUUUUUUUGUUAAGUGCAAAUUCUUUAUAUUAAUAGAUCUGCUUGCUGAUGUUUUAAGGAUUUAUGUGAAGAUAGAGAGGAAUUGUCUGUUUUACUUGUAUUUUGGGGGAAUCUUAGCACUGCUGCCCACUGGAAGAUAUGUACAGACAACUUGACAGUUCAAAGUGGAGAGUUGCAUUCAGGAUUUGGAGAUCUGAUUAGGUGCAAUAUUUUGUGCAAUUAGAGCUGAUCUGAUGAGACAUUUGCAGACUUGCAUUUAGCUGCUGACUGGCAAUAAAGUCCUAUCUUGAGCCACA